CUCCAAUUCAUUUUCUGCGUCAAAAUAGAAAAACCAACUGUGAGUACGGCGGCCGCGGCCUCAAAAUCGAAAUUUGAAGUAACGACAGUGCAGAAAUUUGUUUUUGCACCCAACAGAAAGGCUGAAGCAGCUUCUUAGCGUGAGCCAAACGGAAUGACAAAGAGAAAAGAUUGAGAGGUUGCGUUUUGUUUGCAGUUUUGUCACUCGCGGUGGCAUAAUGAUUAGCUAUCGGAAAAUUCGCUCUUAUUGCCGUAUUCGUUUUGCACUGUGUCAGUAAAAUACGUUCCGCGGAUAAUGCACCUCAAGAAGACGCUCGCCUGCCGAUAUAUGUUUGAUUAAUUUUCUUAAAUUAUCUUGCAAAAGUAAUAUCCACCCAGUUCGAUUUAUCCAGUUGGAAUUAUAAUGCCAUGCGAAAGUUGCAAUGUACAGUUCACCGUGUUCAAGAGGAAGCGGCUAUGCACAGAAUGCAGACGAUUUUAUUGCAAUCAUUGUCUGGUGAAGCGUAGUGAAAAAAUUCUUUGUGAAAGAUGUAUAGUUUUGACCGCGCGACCGCUAUCUAAAAUUGAUCUACUGAAGUUAAAGCCAAAAGACUUGAUAUUUUACCUCCAAUCAAAACAUAUUUCUACCACAGGAUGUGUGGAGAAAGAAGAACUUGUCAAUCUUGUGAUGACCCACGUUAAUGCCACUAGAACCACUCCCUCAACCCCAUCCAGCAACACAUCUAGUCCUCAACGUGCGGCCGCUCCCGAAGAUCCACCUUCAGCUUCAGAUUUUGAAAAUUGUUCUAAUCCAUUUGAUCAAAUCAAACAAACAUGUCAGAGUUUAUUCAAUAGCUUCGCCGAAAAGAUUGUUGAUCUAAAUUUCGAGAAUAAGCCUCCUAAUAAUACAUCAACCAAUCAGCAAACGAAUAUAUUCAAUCAGCCGCGUUUUCAAACGCGAGAAAUGCCAACAUAUGCUUCAAGUACGCAAAGCCAAAACGUACAGUCGCAAAAUUUAAAUAUUCAAAAUCCGAUGCCAAGAAGUAGUUCGUCCACAUCUGAACUAAACAAUGUGACCACAACAGCUGUACAAAUGCAGUCUGCAAGCUCAAGCAACCCAUCCAGCCCCAUAGUCAGUAUAGGUUCAGUAUCAUCUCACGGUUCUUCGUCGCAACAGCGUAACGCACCAGGAUCUGCGCGAACGAUUACACAGGGACAUAGUGCUACGAGUAUUCCUUCUAUUCAUAGGAGUGCUGUUAAGAAACUCAUCGAUAAUUUGCAAGAUGUGAAUACUUCAGGUUGUGAGUGUUCAGAUGAUGAAGUUCUUGCCGAGUUCACACAGCGUCAUAAACCCCGAACAGAUAUUAAUACAUCAAAUGUAUACGUUGAAAAAUUGUCACCUCCAUCGCAAAGUGAUUCUGCUUUCGAAGAUCAGAUACCGGGCCCCAGUGGCAGUGGGGCCCAAAGCGCUUCACCCAGUAAAUUAUCUAGUGGCGACAACCAAAGGAGUUCUGAAGAGUCCUCUGGCUCUUCAUUCGAAGAAUUAGGAGCCGUUGGAGGUUCAAAUGAUUGGCAAAUAGUUGAUAAAGCGGAUGUAAUACAGCCACCAACAAAUGGUCCUGAUUCUAAUCUACAGCAGAGCAAUACACCUUCAACAUCAUCGGCAACGUCUACAUUCCAACAACAUUCCAGCAACUUUGCUUCAGGUAUCGAAAAUAAGAAGAACAAUCAUAAACCCCGUCGAUUAAAUCGUCGACGUUCGGAUAGUUGCGUUGUGCAUACCACCUCGAAUAGAUCCCAGCCUGAAACACCCAUCGAUGCGCCAAUGGAAGAUGACGAAUCCGAUGAUGCCUCUCAUGAAAAUCCUUCAUGCAAACGCUCGCGAAAAUGUUGUCAUAAAUGUGGUAAAACCAAAAACAGUCUGAAAAGCAAAUUAUUGAAAUUCCACCGUCAAUUGGAAACACAACAGAUGUCUGAAGUAGAAAUGAAACGAGCAAUUGAAGAAUUUCUUAAUUUUCUUGAGAAUAAGUCAAAGGAAUCAUUGGAAGGCUCAGAUUCCGAAGCAAAUGCAACACAAAUGAAUUUUGAAUCAAGACAAGCUUCUACUGUGGCUAAUGUCAAUUCGAUAACGGUUGAAGAUUUCAGUUUUGGUAGAGAUGACGACGGUAUACAUGUUUAUGGAUCUAGGGAAGAGGAAUCGUAUGGCGGACCGUGGCGACAUGACAGUCGGUUUCUUAAUUUAGGGGACUUCAAAUCAAGCUCUGAAUUUGAUGACCUCUCAGUUAAGCAAUUGAAGGAAAUUCUUAUGCUGAAUCGAGUCGAUUUCAAGGGAUGCUGUGAAAAACAGGAACUUCUCGAUCGUGUGAACCGUCUUUGGAAUGAUUUGCAGACAAGUCCUGCUGUUGACAAGCUACCGACGGAUGAUCUUUGUAAGAUUUGUAUGGAUGCUCCAAUUGAAUGUGUAAUAUUGGAAUGUGGGCAUAUGGCAACAUGCACGAAUUGUGGCAAAGUGUUGAGCGAAUGUCCAAUAUGUCGACAAUAUAUUGUUAGGGUAGUUCGCUUUUUCAGAGCGUAAAAUCAGAAGUUUUAUCAGCAAUAGCAGAUGUAAAUUGCAAAUGCAAAAAAAAUUAAAUGGUUUUGGAUACGAGUUCCCGCCUUGGAAAGGCACGACUUUUAAUAGUAUUGGCAAAUAUCGCAAUGUUUUACGAAGAAAAUAACUAGCAGAAUUUUGCCUGUUCCAGUUGUACUACACUCACUACUUUUCUCCCCGAAUGUUCUAUUUGUGUACCGAAAAUAAUGUUUGACCAGCAGUUAAAGCAUACAACUAAUUUACAUAUUUAUCUUUAAACUGGCAUUAUACACUUUCCGGUUUGAAUCGUAACCGUAGUGUCUGCGUAAAAUUAAUCAAGAGAAUAUAAUUCAAUGAUGUAUUCAACUACAUAUUUUCAAAUGACGUAUAAACAGUAAUUUUAAAUAACUGGAUGCGGACGAUAUGAAGGGAAUAACCAAUUUGAAACAGAGUUCAAGGGUGAUUAAUAUUUAUAUAAGCAUAGAGUUCUUGUAAGGAAUUUCUUGAAUAGGUGAUAAAAAGUUUAUUAUUAAAUUACUAGCGCAACACUGAGUUGAAUUA